AAAUUCGUAUAAUCCACGGCUUUAGAAAACUUAGGAUAAAUUUAUGAACACCCGACAAUGCUUCGUUUGACUGCAAUAUAUAUGUACUAUUUUCAGGGAGUUUCUAGAUAAACCAUCACUAUGGCUCCAAAACACAAUAAUAUGAUUCACAAUAACCAUUUCCAUAAGGAUUGGCAACGUUAUGUCAAAACAUGGUUUAACCAACCCGGACGAAAGAAAAGACGUCGCCAAGCAAGAAUAAAGAAGGCCCUUAAAGUUGCUCCAAGGCCAGUUAAAGGAGCUGUUAGACCAGUUGUUAGAUGCCCAACAUUUAGAUACAACAUCAAAGUUCGCCCAGGACGGGGUUUCACUCUGGAAGAGCUUAAGAAUGCAGGUAUCUCACGUAAGUUUGCGCCAACUAUUGGAAUUGCCGUUGAUCAUCGACGUAAGAACAGGUCUCAGGAAUCCUUGCAAGCAAAUGUUCAAAGGCUAAAAGAGUAUAAGAGUAAGCUGAUUAUUUUCCCAAGGAAGCCUGGAAAAGCUCGACAGGGUGACAGUGAGGAUUCAGAACUUCAAAUGGCUCAACAACUCCUUGGUGAUGUGUUGCCCAUUCAUGAUCCUGGCAUGAUUAAGGCAAUUAAAGCUAGAAAAAUCACCGAUGAAGAAAGAAAUGUAUGUGUGUUCAAGAGCAUGCGUAUGGCACGUGCCAACAAACGUCUUUUGGGUAUCCGGGAGAAGAGGGCAAAGGAAAAGGCAGAAGAAGCUGCUUUGAAAAAGAAGUGAAAAAAUGAAAUAUCAAUAAAUCUUUGAAAAUACA